AUGCUCGUCAAGCUUGAAAACACAAAGUCGGCAGCGGCAAGUUCUAUGGUGCUCCGCCUAGUGAGCCAGAACGCCCGGUAUGCAACAACGAAACCCACUCCCAAUGAGAGACCGUGGAGCUUUCGGGGACCGAAACUCUGCAACCAGUUGGACUUCCUCACGACUGGCCACGAGUCAGCAUUCAUCUGUCUGCAAGAAGUCCUCUACUCUCAACUUGAAGACAUCCAGUCUUACCUCGGUCCUGCCUGGGGACAUAUAGGUCUCGGUCGUGAUGACGGCAAGCGAGGUGGCGAAUUCUCACCCGUCUUCUACCAGGUUGGACGUUGGCAGUGCGUGCGGAAUGAAACCCUUUGGUUGAGCAAGACACCAGAAAAGCCAUCUAGAGGAUGGGAUGCCGUACUGAACCGUGUUGUUACCGUCGGGGAGUUUUUCGAUAAACAAACAGACUCGCGUAUCGUUGUCAUGAGUACGCACUUCGAUCAUAUAGGAGUUGUGGCUCGAGAGCAGAGCGCCAAACUGCUUCUCAACGUUGCUAGAGAGUGGAGCAAAGGAGCAAACGGAAAACCUCCGACAACCGUCCUGCUCGCGGGUGACUUCAACAGUACCCCGGAUGACAAUGCCUACAAGACAAUGGUGGCGCCGGAGUCAGGCAUGGUCGAUGUCUCAACCCAGGUUCCUAAAGCGAAGCGAUACGGAAACGAUAUCACGUACACGUCGUUUGACGAGCCUGAUGAGAAGCCGAAGAGAAUCGACUUUUUGUUUGUGAAGGAUCCGAGCCCAGCUACCAUCAAGACAUUUGGCGUGCUAUCGAACAAGUUCGAUGACGGCGUUUAUCUGUCUGACCAUAGGCCAGUCGUCGCCGACGUUGAGAUUCCUGUCUUACGAACGGCCAGCAAUAUCUUCUGA